UGCUGCGCUCGUUCAGGUGCGAGUCGCUCUCAGAGGGGAAAAGUUUCCCAAAGCGGCACAAUGGACUAUAUCACCGCGGAAGGCAGAGGUGUAUGAAAAUAUGGACGAACUGAGCUUAAGUAGCGGAGCAGCGACGAGAGAGAGAAAGUGAAAACAUCUGUACACGGCCUCUGUUGACUCUUACCUUUUAUCAUCCCCUCUCCUCUUUGCGGCCCUUAGGUUGGGGAGACUUAAUCGGUCUUUCUGCUACCUAUCCCAUCUAUCACACCUCCUUCAUCAUUUUUCCUUGCACUCCUCUCCUCUCUGCUUUUCCUCUCCCCUCCGCUCCUCUGCUGUCAUGUCGGUGUCUAUGAGGAACCCACCCCAGCGCCGCCGCUCCCUGGGCCCCGUCUCGCCCAAGCGCAUCUACAGAAACCUGUCUGUCAGACUGAGGGGUGGAGAGUCAUCUGUUGCGAUGGCGAUGGACCCCCCCAAAUACCUCAGCAAGUCUGCAGAUGCUUACAAGACCUUGUGGGAAGCGGUGGAAAAUGAGGACACUCUGGCCGUGCAGAGCCUCCUGUCCAGAGAUCACCCCGGCUGCGGAGGAGGAGGCGGGAGCAUAUGGGAGAGAGGGGAGAAGAAAGAGAAGGACUGGGAGAGAGACAGGGAGAAAGGUGUGAAUAGGGUCAGCGAACAGGGUCUGGUCCCCCUGGACGUGGCAGCACUUACCCAUAAUUCCCCUCUGCUCCAUGUGCUGACGAAGGCGGGCGCAAGACACAACCCUGUGUUGUGCCGACCGGCAGAGUGGGCACUAAAACUGGACGCUCUGGUGGCGUUGGCAGGGAAGCGGGUGGAAGAGAGGAGGACAGAGUUAGUGAAGAAGGCUGGUGCGGGGCCUCAGGCUCAAGCCGAUGCUCAGAGACACGUCCGACUCUGGAGGCUCAGGCUGCAACUGUACUGCCGGAUGAGAGAGAACUUCCAUAGCACAGAACUCCCCAGUUCGCCCUGCCACGUGUCCAUCCUGGUAACAAGCACAUCGUCUCUGCUUGUGAUGAUCAAGGAGCCUGAAGGAAACAACAUGGGGCUCAUCACUCGCUACAGAGUGGAAUGGAGCACCUCCGCCAGCUUCAAACGCGUCCUCGGCUCAGCCCAAGUCACUGAGACCAAGAACCCCUCCUUUAUAAUCAAGGGGCUUACAGCGGGAGUGCAUUACUUUGUGAGAGCAAGUGCCUAUAAUGUGAAAGGAUGGGGCCCACCUCAGUACUCCUCUCCGGUCAGCGCCGCCCCCUCCAGUUGGAGAGAGUGCAUUGGAGUGAAGUCACAGAUCAGAAACCAUGAGUGUUUAGUGAAGAAACUGCUGGAGGACGCCAAAGAAUCGCAUUUCAGAGGAUAUUUCAUAGAGAGCUCUAAGCCCCAGAGUCCCAGCAAGCGCCUGUCAAUGUCUCGAGGCAUCAAACAGCUGUUCCAGUCGGCCACCAAGUUCGUCCGUCUCCUGCAGAGGGGUGUGUACUUGGCCACCGUGUUCUACCACAAGGAAAAUAUCCUGGUUACAGCUGAAGAUCAAAUCCCGCUGGUGGAGAUCCAGUGCUGCUCCACCUCCAUCACUCAUGACUUCCUCUGGUUUGCGAAGUUGUCCUGUGCUUGGCAUCAAGUCCCCUGGCUGCAGCAGGGCCUUUCCUCUGCUCACUCAUCUCCCUCCUCCCUCCUUCAGAACAGGCACAACAUUUUAAGAGCCGUUUCCCAGCUGCAGUCCUCUCUGGGAACAGUGGACCUGGGACAGGUGUACUACGAACCGCUGAAAGACCGGCAGGGGAACGUACUGCUCGUGACCCUGAAGGAAUUCUCAAGCCCUCCAAGCCCUCCUGACCCUCCGCUCCACUGGAUGCCUCUGGCCCGUCUGGAGAAAAACCGCAGCAGAACGCCGCUGCUGCCCGAGCCCACUGCCAUGGACAUGCUCUAUGAGCAGCUCAAGGAGAAGCUGUCCUUCCACAGACACAGCACCCAGUGGGCGCAGUCUGGUCUGUAUGUGGGCAUCCUUAAACUCUGCAGUUCUGUGGAACAGAUCAGGGUGCUGGUUCCCCAGAGGCUGCCGAAUCUGCUCUGUCACACACGGGUCCGACACAACGCUCACGUGUCCAGAGAGGAGUGGACAUGGCUCCAGAGUCACGUUUACACUGCAAACAACGGCAGCGCUCAGAACCUGCUGAGCAGCGAGGACGAGAGCCUGGUGGAGAACAGCAGCCUGGUGGAUUUCAUCAGGUCUCUGAGAGCGGCGGUCGCACAUCUGCUGACGAAGCUCAACAUCCCCCUCUACAGGGCCUAUCAGUACGGCGUCUACACCCGGGAGCUGCUGCAGUUCGGAGAGAAGCUGUCCAUGCUGCUGCUGCUGCCCCCCAGUGAAGACUUCAGCUCCAGUUACUGGCCUCUGGUGGGGACCAAGGAGCCCGGCCUCACCAUGCCGCUGCAGAUCUUCGAGCUGGUUCACUUCUGGACGUACGAGCGGGACUUCCUGUCCCAGUACUGCCAGGCCUGGGUGAGGCUGGAGCUGGACACUCAUCUGGCCCAGCAGGCUCUGCGGGAGGCGCUGGACACGAAGGAGGUGCAGGAAGCCCGAGAGCGACUCAACCACAUCACAGAGCUCUCCCAUCGUCUGGAUGUGGUCUGGAGGGACGCCCGCUGGAUUAUGGACUGUCUCCAGUGCGUUCGGUCCAAGCAGUGGGUGGGAGCGGUGCCUCUGGGCCUGGUGAUGGGAGGAGACCCGCCGCCGUGCCCCGACGGCGAGGAGGAAGAGGAGAGUCUGACCGCAAGGCUAACGUGGCCCCAUCGGUUACAAGCACAGAGAACCAUUACAGAGAGUUUACCCGGCCCGCCAAACGUCGUCACCGCCGAAGUGGCCGCUCCAGCCACCCCUGACAUCCCCGAGGAGGCCGCGCUGGUGCUAAUGGAAGGGGUGGCGAAGGGUGGCUAUCCGGUCGACAUCUCCGCCCAGUCGACCGCGGACCUGACGAGCAUCGGCCAGUCGGAGCUGGUGUGUGCCAGCGCCUUGAUCGAGUCUGGACUGGAGCCGGCGGCCGUGGCCCAGCUGGAGGCGAGCUUCGCGGUCCUGGACCCGCAGGAGUCCUACAUCGUGGAGGAGGACUUUCCCUCCAGCAUCUCGGAGGUGAUCCGGCCCAUGGAGAUGGCGGAGCUGGUGGACAUCCUGCCCACGCUGAGCCUCAUCGAGGAAGAGAACCCCAGCGGCCCGUCCACCCCCACCGUCAUGGACAUGCUGGAGAGCUUCGGGCUGGGGAUCGGAGAGAGCAGCAAGUUCUUCAGCUCGGACCCGGCGGGCGAAUCCCGGCGCCAGUCGCAGUCCGGCCUGCAGUACAGCAGCAGCGGCAGCAGCCUGGUCGAGAUGCACUGUGAGAGCGCGGCGGCGCAGGGACAGGAGGUGGAGAAUGUGGCGGUUAAUGACACAGACGGGGGAGCGCCCGCUGUGAGCUGGGACUCCCCGCAGGAGGAUACGAAGGCUUGGCAGGCACCCAGUCAGGGAGGCUGCCUCCCCGUGAGGAGCCAGGUGGAGUGGGACAGAUCCUCCAGCAGCUUAUCCUGAUAGUUUAUCCAAUUACUACUGACGUUUAUCACAUUCACACCAGAAAAAAAAAAACCAAAAAAACAUGCUCUGAUUUUCUGAAUUGAUGAGAUACAUUUUAAUUACCUGAAUACGCUGUGGAGGCAGUGUUGGUCUGGACCAGACAUGGGAAACCAGCUCCCUGCUGGGCGCACGAGUUCCCUGCUUCCAGACUUUGCUGCCAGCAAAACAAUUAAAAAAAAACAAAGAAAAAAGAAUUCUGGUUUCGCAGGCAAUGAUACCACGAUGAUCACUUUUUAAUCAUGUUUGUACCAGGAAUCAUUUGAAAUUCU